GAGGCGAGGGUGCGCGAGAGCGAAAGGCAAGCAGCAACAAAGUCGCACGAGAGAAGGCUCAACGGAGAGGAAGGAGGAGAGGAAGAGGAGGACGAGGAGCACCAGACGCCCUUGCCUUCCUUCCCUUCCCUUCUCUCUCCCCCUUAACCCAUUCUGCUCGCUCCACCGAUCGGUCUAGCCCGCCCGCCGCGGAGCACGUGCGGGGCCUCGUAAAUCUUCGCCGCACUCCCCGGUGUCUCCGCCUCCCAGCUUGCUUUGGGGCGGCAAUGGUGUAGUGCUGGUGAGGCGUGAGGAAACCUUAUGUCGAUGGGCGUGGUUUCGAGGGAGGUGGUGCCGGCAUGCGAGAAGCUCUGCUUCAUUUGCCCAUCCCUGCGGACGAGGUCCCGCCAUCCGGUCAAGCGGUACAAGAAGUUGCUUGCAGAAAUCUUCCCUCGGAUACCGGAUGAGGCACCGAAUGAUCGCAAGAUCGGGAAAUUGUGUGAAUAUAUUUCAAAGAAUCCAAUGCGUGUUCCAAGGAUUACAAUUUACUUAGAGCAAAAGUGCUAUAAGGAAAUGAGAGCUGAGCGCUAUGGUUUAGUUAAAGUUGUAAUGGCAAUCUACCGAAAGGUGAUAUGUUCUUGUCAGGAGCAACUGCCACUUUUUGCCAACAGCUUUCUAACAAUUGUAGAGACAUUAUUGGAGCAAAAUAGAAAUGAUGACUUGCGAAAAAUAGCGUGUCAAACACUUUUUGACUUUAUAAACAAUCAGGUUGACAGUACUUACAUGUUCAAUUUAGAAAACCAGAUACCUAAAUUAUGUCAUCUAGCCCAAGAGAUGGGAGAGAAGGAGAAGAUACGUAUUCUUCAUGCAGCUGGGCUCCAAGCUCUUUCAUCUAUGAUUUGGUUUAUGGGUGAGCACUCUCAUAUCUCUGCGGAACUUGAUAAUGUUGUUUCUGCAGUUAUGGAAAAUUAUGAGAGCCCAUAUGCAAAUUCUGAUAAUGAUGAUACCCCGGUUGAGGACAAACGAGUUCAGUGGGUGAACGAAGUUCUCAAAUCUGAAGGUCAUGAACCUCUUGCUUCAACCAUUUUGACAAGGGUUCCUUCAUGGAAAGAUAUUAGAACUAUCCAUGGUGGAUUAAGUUUAACAAUAGAAGAAUCAGAAAGUCCAAACUUUUGGUCAGGAAUUUGUCUACACAACCUUGCUAGAAUAUCAAGGGAAGCAACAACAGUCCGACGAGUUUUGGAAGCUAUAUUUCGUUAUUUUGAUAAUAACAAUCUAUGGUCAUCUUCUAAAGGAUUAGCACUGUGUGUCCUUCUGGAUAUGCAAAUUGUGAUGGAUAAAUUUGGACAGAAUGCACAUAUAUUGUUAUCUAUGUUAGUCAAGCAUCUUGAACACAAGAAUGUAUUGAAGCAACCAGAUAUGAUCGUAGAUAUCAUCGAAGUUACAUCACGCCUUGCUGAGCACUCCAAAUCUCAGUCCUCUACGGCACUAAUGGCUGCAAUAAGUGACAUAGUCAGGCAUAUGGCUAAAAGCAUGCAAUCAUUGGCCAGUGAUGCAGGUCCUGGAGACAACAUGAUCAAAUGGAGUAAUGGACACGGGAAAGCUGUAGAUGAAUGUCUUGUUCAGUUGUCUAGAAAGGUUGGUGAUGCUGGGCCUAUCCUUGAUACAUUAGCUGUUGUACUAGAGAACAUUUCAAGUUCUACAAUUGUUGCACGGUCUACAAUCUCUGCAGCUUAUCGCACUGCUCAAAUAGUUGCAUCAUUGCCAAACUUGACGCACCAGAGCAAAGCAUUUCCAGAGGCAUUGUUUCAUCAACUACUUUUAGCAAUGGUCUAUCCAGAUUGUGAGACACAUUUAGGAGCACAUAGAAUUUUCUCUGUUGUUCUUGUUCCAUCUUCUGUCUCUCCGUGCUCAUUUUCAGUCACUUCUCAUACAAGCAAGAUUGAUCUUCGAAGGACAUUAUCUAGAACAACAUCAGUGUUUUCAUCUUCUGCUGCUUUGUUUGGGAAAUUAAAAAGAGACAUGCUUUCAUUUCGUGAAAGUCCCCUCCUGGAUAACACGAAGCUAAUGCCCAUCAGCGAGAAUGCAGAUGAGAUCAGUACAAAUGGUACAAAUGAUGCAAAACUAUUCAAGUCUCAGACUAUUCAAAGGAUGGCCAGUACAAAAGAUAUUUUGUCUCCCUCUUCCACAGAUACAAGUAUCUCCAAUGUACCCACUCAGAAAAAGGAUGCUGUCACUCUCAUGCUCAGUGUUCGUCAGGCAAAUCUUCUUCUUUCCUCCUUAUGGACUCAGGCAUUGUCACCUGAAAAUAUUCCGCGAAACUACGAAGCAAUUUCUCAUACUUACAGCUUGAUGCUAUUGUUUUCUGGAGACAAGGGCUCAUGUAUUGAAGUUUUGGUGGGUAGCUUUCAGCUUGCUUUUUCAUUAAGAAGUGUUUCAUUACAAGCAGGUUUCCUUCCACCAUCACGCAGGCGCUCUCUUUUUACUUUGGCAACUUCAAUGCUCGUGUUUUUCUCGAAAGCUUUUAACAUUCCAUCUCUCAUUCCGGUUGUGAAGCAUGUGUUGACAAAAACCACAGUUGAUCCAUUUCUUCAUUUAGUUGAAGACUCUAGAUUGCAGGCUCUUGAUAGCGCAGCUGAACCUUGUUAUGGUUCAAAACAAGAUGAUGAUCUUGCUCUAAAAUCACUCUCCAACAUUGACAUGAAUGAAGAACAAUCAAAAGAAACAUCAGUGUCAAACAUACUUAAUAGUUUGGAAGAGCUAUCAGAGCCAGAAUUAUCUACUAUUAGAAAACAACUGCUUGAGGAAUUUUCAGCAGAUGACAUCUGUUCUCUUGGAGAAACACAUUCAAAAUCUCAAUCACAAAAUGGAAAACUACCUCAAAAAUCUAUGGAGGUUAUUCCAUUGGGAUUUGUUUUUGAAGAUGAUACACUUGUUGAACCAUCUGACAGCUUAGCAGAACUUCAAUCGCGAGAUCAGCCAGAUAGCAGCCUUCUUGAUGUCAAUCAGCUUCUCGACUCAGUUUCGGAGACAACUCGGCAUGUCAGAAGGUUGUCAGCGUCAACAAACCAUGAUUUGCCUUUCAAGGAUGUAGCCAACCAAUGUGAAGCACUUUUGAUCGGAAAGCAGCAAAAGCUCUCUGUCUGCAUGAGUGUCAGCCAAAAAGAGGAUGGCGAAACCUCCAUGGAGAAGCUCGAGUCAUCUCCUGAGGAUCCUCAGGCAGAUAGGUUUCUGUGCACGGCUGAUGGACAAUGGGACUCGAAUUUCUGUAAGCUGCCAGUGCUGAGUCCCUACGACCAGUUCCUUGCAACUUCUGGCCGCUAAGAUGACUUUUAAUUUGCUGGACUAAAAAUGUGAACAUGACUUGACACCUCGAAGAAAAGAAACCACUAUUAUCUGGUGGCUCUAGUUGAAUUCGAUGCAUGCAUGCGCUGCUAACAUAGGCCAUUUCCGUUGUUGAUUGGAACGAGGGUUGACUCAGCUGAGUCAUAUGUGCGUGCAAGAUGGCAUGAGCAGUGGCCUUGUUUGUAAAUGAUUCUUGGUCUGCUAACAGAAACUAAAGGUGUACGCCAGCUCAUGCCGCCACCAGUGCUCCCCACCGUGGGAUGAUAAUGGGAAGCGUAAAUUCGAUCCGGCACCAAAAGUAGUUGGUUGACUUUAUGUAAUCUGUAAUAGAUUUACAAUGUAUAAUGUAACAUUCUGAUUCUGUCAUUGACAAGUCCCGUUUACAAAUGUAACUACGCUAACCGGUGGAUCCGAGUAUCUUUGAUGAUGUGUAUAUACUACCUAGUAAUAUUCAAAUUAUGAUGCCUAUAAAUUAAAUUA